AUGUCUAGCGCCGGUGCAAAGCGGUCUACUAGGUUUAUCACCGACAUUCUCUUCAUCGCAGCAGCUCAACUAUCAGCUUAUUUUCUAAUCAAAUAUGCUAUGCGACGUUUUGACCCCGAGGCUGACCAGAAAGAAGAAAACCGUAAACGAAGUUCUGCCAUCCUCCGUAGGCUCGACAAUGCCGAUGCCGACGCCGGCACAAAAAGAGAUGUCAAAAGAGCGGAUCUAGCACUGAGUCCUUAUGAACAAACCAUUGCUAUGGAGGUGGUUGCGCCUGAAGAUAUCCACGUUUCUUUCGAAGAUAUUGGCGGCUUAGGCGAUAUUAUUGAGGAGCUCAAAGAAUCAGUCAUAUAUCCACUCACUGUGCCUCAUUUGUUCUCUGAUCACUCAUCACUCCUCUCUGCGCCCAAGGGUGUCCUGCUCUAUGGGCCACCCGGUUGUGGCAAGACUAUGCUUGCAAAAGCGUUGGCCCAUGAAUCCGGUGCCUGUUUCAUCAAUCUCCAUAUUAGCACACUUACCGAAAAGUGGUAUGGUGAUAGUAACAAGCUUGUGGCGGCUUUGUUUUCCCUGGCUCGGAAACUAGAGCCUAGUAUAAUAUUUAUUGAUGAGAUUGACGCUGUAUUGCGCAGUAGAAGCAGCUCGGAUCACGAAGCCAGCACCAUGGUUAAAGCAGAGUUAGUAAUUAAGAUCUUGAGAAGACACCUUAAUACAGGGCCAGAACAAGCUAAUAAAUGA